AUGGCUGCAAUUGAAUCAAAUUUCGUCAUGUCGUCAUCUUCUACGACAGCUGAUUCGACUACACCAAGCUCGAAUACCGAGGCUUCAAGCUCGGGUUUGGCAUCAUCUUCUCAAAAAAAUGCUUCUGGUACAGGUGCGGCCGUUCCAACUUACGCCACCUUCACUCCUCCUCGCUCCAGUCUGCCACAACACACAUCUCCUCUAUUAUCUUCUACACCUCCAUCAGUAACUAAAGCGCUAAGUCAGGCAUACCCGUUAAUAUUGGCGGUGGACCGGUUUUUGUCGUUGCUCACUUGGACUGGCGACGAUGCAUAUCAAUCGUUUUUAUUAGUAGCAGCAUGGAGUGGACUAGUUUUGUAUUUCGAGUUCAUUGUUCGCUAUUUAGGACAUAUGAUAUUAGUGGGUUUGAUAGCUACCUACACGUGGGUGAAUAAGGAGGUUGAGAAACAACAGGCCGAGCAUCCUACACUAGAUUCCAUCAUUCAUAGUCUGAACACUGCAGUGACUCGUCUGGACUUGUUUCUUUUACCAGUUACAUCUCUUCGCUUGUCACCUCAUGAUGUGAGUAGACUUGUGUUUACUACUCUUUUUAUGACACCUAUUUAUGUGACUCUCACUCUGUUUAUCGUCACUCCAAGAACAGUGUUACUGCUAUUGGGGAUUUUUGUACUCACAUAUCAUUCAGUGUGGGCCAGAGUCACCCGUUCUAUUUUGUGGAGAUGGAGAUUGGUACAUGUCCUUUCAUUUUAUGUGACUGGUAUAGAUUUUAACGGGGUUUCCAAACCUUAUGGAUCAGAAGCUCAAUUUGCAAUGGCCAGUGACAAAGCCAAAUCGGCUUCUUCUACUGCUCCAAACAAACCCGUUCGGUUUACUUAUGUUCUUUAUGAGAAUCAACGUAGAUGGCUUGGAAUUGGCUGGACUUCUAACCUCCUUGGCUAUGAGCGAGCUGCCUGGUCUGAUGAGUUUCUUAAUGAAUCGCCUCCUCCCAGUUCUUUCAAGCUUCCUGAAGCUGAUGGUUCGGGCAUGACCUGGCGCUGGGUAGAUAAGACUUGGCGUUUGGACCUCACCAAUGACGGUGCUCUUGUCGUAAAUGGAGGAAAGACGUCUAAAGUUGACCCUGGUCCAAACGAAGGGUAUAUUUACUACGACAAUGUCUGGAAGAAGCCAACUGCUGAAGACUCGUACUCUAAAUACACGAGACGUCGUAGAUGGAUCCGUACUGCAGAGCUUAUUGCUCCUGGAAAUACUAUCCACACUGAUGAUAGUUUAGGAACCAGUCCUGGUGAUGCCAGUACGGAGGAUAGCUCAACGACCACAGACUCAACUGAUGAGCCUUCGUCGACCGUCAAGCAACGAAAAAGUAUUCGCUUCGAGGAUAACUAA